CUCCCCCAAAAAAAACUUCCCUCUCCCUCUUUUUCUCUCUCUCUUCAUUCCCCUUCUUCUCCUUCCGCCUUCUCUUUCAUCUAAUGCAAACCCUAAAACCCUCUUUUAUCUCUUUCUUUUCUCAGGGUUUUUGACUCUUCAUCUUCGUUGUACGUAAAUUUAGGGCUUAAUUUUUUAUAUUUGGGGAUUUUUCUUUUUUUCUGCGUGUUUUUUUUUUUUUUGUUUUUGUCCUUCUGUUUUAAUCAGAAAAAAUAUGGUUACUAUGUUGAAGACUGAAGGUGGGACUGCAAUUGUUUCUGCUAAUGUGGAGAAAACCAUUCAAUCGAUCAAAGAAAUUGUGGGUAAUCACUCUGAUUCUGAAAUUUACAACACUCUCAAAGAAAGUAAUAUGGACCCUAAUGAAACUGCUCAAAAAUUAUUGAACCAAGAUCCCUUUCAUGAAGUGAUAAGGAGACGAGAGAAGAAGAAAGAGAAUGCAGGUUACAAUGGUCAUGUUGAGCCAAGGAAGCGGACUGAACAUACAGGUCAAGGGUUGAAAUUUUAUGGUUCUAAUCGUAAUGUUCACAGAGGUGGCUACAGAAGGAAUCCUGUAAAUGAUGCUGGAGUAAGUCGGGAGUUUCGUGUUGUAAGAGACAACAGGGUAAAUCAGAAUUCUGAUAGAGAUGGCAAGGCUUCAACUCAAGUUUCAUCAUUUCCCAAUGGUCAGCGUAGUAACAAUGUUUCUGAGAAAAGUUCAUCCGCAGUGCCUAACUAUCAAAGACACUCAAGUGGGCGCUCUUUUCAAACUUCCAACAGGGUGCGUGAUUUUCGGCCUAAAAUAGCCCGAGACUUAAAUUCGGAGUCUCGAAUUGGGCCUUUUGAGAAGAAAUCAGCUGUAAAAAAUUCUGAGUCACAAGUUACAGUGACGAGGCCAAACGAUUCGCACUCCCAAGCUGGUAGUACUGUAUCUUCCAAUACUGUAGGUGUUUAUGCUUCUGCUUCAGAUCCUGUGCAUGUUCCAUCGCCCGAUUCUAGAUCUUCUGCGGCUAUUGGUGCUAUUAGGCGUGAAGUUGGAGUUGUUGGCAGUCGUCGACAAUCUUCAGAUAAUAGCUCGAAGUUGUCUUCUCAGCAAAGUAUCUCUAAUACUAAUUCAGUUGUGGGAAGUUCAUCCACAGCCGAACCAUUCCAGCCGAUCAAUGCUGUUUCUGGACAUGACCAAACUCAUGCUACUGCUGUGGAAUCUGCAGUUGUUAGCUCCACUGGAAGCAGGUCAAACACUCACUUCAGUAAUAGAUUGCAUCAACAAUCUGUUUCUCAUCAGAAAGGUGCUUUGCCUGGUAAAGAAUGGAAGCCCAAGUCAACCCAGAAGUCUAGUGUGUCAAGUCCGGGUGUGAUUGGAUCACCUGUGAAAUCUGUCUUGCAUCUGGCUGAUAAUUCCAAGAAUGUUGAGAACAAAGUGGAGCUGUUGCAAGAUAAGCUCUCUCAAGUAAACAUUCAGGAGAGUCAAAAUGUCAUAAUCGCUCAACACAUUCGGGUUCCCGAGAAUGACCGAUGUAGGCUGACUUUUGGAACUUUUGGUCUGGAAUCAGAUAUUGCAGAGAACUCUGUUUCCACAACUCAAGCAGUUGAUGGAGUUGAGGAGACACCUGAGGCAUCUUCUAGCAACCAGCAGAUAAGUUCUGCUGAUGGUCAAAUUCGAAAUUCUGGUUCUAGUAGUCCAUCGAGGGCAUCAUCUGAAAACCAGUCGCCUGACAAAAAGGAUGCCUCUGGUAUUUCCAAUGCAGAAGAUUAUAGUGAUAUGGGUUUGGUUCACAACAGCUCAUCUUUGACAGCUUCAAGGUCCCACCAGCACCAGGAUUCUACAGAAUUGCCUAAUUUUUCCGCAUAUGAUCAGCAACCUGUUUACGAUAUGUCAUAUUUUAGACCUUCUAUUGAUGAUGCUGUACGUGGAUCUGGUCUACCCUCUCCUCAGGAGGCUUUACCAUCACACACUGCCAACAGUGUUCCGUCAUCUUCUGUAGGAAUGAUGCAGCAGCAGGCACCUAUGGCUCAGAUGUAUCCGCAAGUUCAUCUUUCGCAUUAUGCUAAUGUCAUGCCAUAUCGGCAGUAUCUUCCUCCACUCUAUGUUCCACCAAUGGUCCCUGGGUUUUCUGGCAACCCUGGCUAUCCCCACCUUUCAAAUGGAAGCAGUUAUGUCUUGAUGCCCGGUGGCAGUUCCCAUAUUCCUGCAAACAGCCUUAAGUAUGGGGUUCAACAAUUCAAACCUUUUCCUGCAGUCAGUCCUACAGGCUUUGGCAAUCUGGCUAACCCCUCUGGAUAUGCCAUGAAUGCUCCAGGAGUUGUUGGUGGACCUACAGGUCUUGAUGAUUCAUCGCGCAUGAAAUAUAAAGAUAACAACCUUUACGUGCCAAAUCCACAGGCUGAAACUUCUGAAGUUUGGAUUCAGAAUCACAGGGAUCAUCCUGGGAUGCAAUCUACUCCAUAUUAUAACAUGCAGGGGCAGGCAACUCAUCCUGCUGCUUACUUACAGUCCCACACAGGUCAUGCUUCUUUCAAUGGAGCAGGUGUAGCGCAAUCUUCUCAAAUGCAAUUUCCCGGGAUGUAUCCUCCUCAGCCGACUGCAAUGCCCAAUGCCCAUCAUCUGGGCGGUGGCAAUAUUGGAGUUGGAGUUGCUCCAACAGCUCCUGGUGCACAGGUUGGGGGUUAUCAGCAGCCUCAAAUCAGUCAUCACAACUGGACGACAAAUUUCUAAGAAGCUAAUCCAUUCCAUGCUUGUUAAUGUCAGGGAUGGAUAAUUAGGUACAGGUUCCAAAUUUUCUUGUUAUUAUGACCCCCAACUCUUAUCAAUUUUAUUAAAUAGAAUGUGGUGUUCAGCUGUCUCGUCCUCUCCUCUCUCUAAUGCUGUUGGUUCUCGUGAACGUAAUAUAAUCUAACAUAGCCCUUUUUGAACAUCAUACAAUUGAUGUUGUUCUUUCAGAUCCUUAGCGUGAACAUUAGGUUAUCGUACAAGUUCAUAUUAACGAUUUCAUUUUCUCGCUUGUUAUUAUAUUGCUCUAACAGAACUUUGCUCUGUCCUCUUGAAGAUAUCUUUUGUAACCUGUAUAAGUAGAUUGGUUUGAAUGA